AUGGAGGCUGUUGCUCUCUCUGAAGAUCUGUCCGAUUCCACUCAGCGUUCCGACUCAGACAGCAAACAGCAAAUUUACUUCAUUCCCUACAGUUGGUGGAGAGAUGCACAAGACUCAGUUUUGGGCGAUUCGGAUGGAAAGAGAGGGAUUUUGUAUGUGACCUCGCAAGCUUCCUCGUAUGCUGGACCUAUGAAGAUUAUCAACAACAUUUUCAACUCAGAUCUUGUAUUUAAUCUCAAGCGGGAGGAUACUGUGCACAGUGGUGAAAAUGGCGAAGUGGGUGUCUCAGGCCGAGACUAUGCAUUGGUCCCCGCAGAAAUGUGGGUUCAGGCACUCAGAUGGCAUAGUGAUUCUAAGGCUGCAGUGAAGGAUGGUAAAUGUUUUUCAGCUGCGGAAGAUGACAUGACCGAUGGAGCGGCGCUGGGUGGCACUUUCGGCGUUCUAGUCACGGUCUCUGUCUGUGGUAGAGGGUGGUGGGGGUGCGGGUCUAGGACCGAGGAGGGCCGGGCCAGGGGAAGGCCGAAAAGGAGGGGGGGGGAGGAGGAGGAACACGGACACGCCGCGGGGGCAGGUGUGGGGAAAGGGCGAGGUGUUCAGACUUAUGCAAGAGGGGUAAUGUGUGUUCUGAGGGAGGAUGUUAAAGAAACGGCAGGAGCGAGCCGCGCAACCGGGGCCGGACCACGAGGACGGGGCACGGGGCGCGGGCGGAACAAGGACACAAAGGGGCGGGCGGCGGGUAAAAACGAACGACACGAAGAGGAGGGGGACCCAGAAGAGAUGAGGGGAGAAGAGAGAGAGAAGAGAGAGAUAGUAGAUGGACAGGAGGGAAACCUAGAGCAAUCCUGUGGUCUCCCAUGGCUAAGGCCGUUGAAAGAAGUUGGAAAUAAGGUCGCAAAAAGGAUUAAGAAGCUCAUGCGUGAUCAUGGUGAGGGGAAGAAAGAUCAUCUAGUGAGAUGGGAGGAUAAUGCAGUCGAGUUCUUCAAGAGAGCCUGCAAAAUCUUCAGUGUGGAGUCUGAGAUGUUGCGCAUCUGGGACUUUUCUGGGCAGACAAGCUUAUUUUUUACAAAUGAGAAAAGUAAGUUUCCAAGUUAUCAACGGCAGUCAGAAGGGUUGGAUUACUAUUCUUGCUAUCUUCCAUCUGAUAUUAAAUCCCAUUGGAGUUGCAAGUAUAUGGGUUGUCAGAUUCCUUUAAGUGCAGGGAAGGGAAAAAAGAUGAGAGGGCCUGCACAACAUUCUACCAUCGCAAAUUCCUGUUGUGGUUCUUCAGUUAUGAUGAAUGGUUCUGGUGGAAUCACAAAUUCUAAUUUCAUUCGUUCAUUCUGGGGAAGCUCUUGCGAAGCUGGUUCCUUAGGAUUGACAGGACUACAGAACCUUGGAAAUACUUGUUUCAUGAAUAGUUCCAUCCAGUGCUUAGCCCACACCCCAAAGCUUGUUGACUACUUUCUUGGAGAUUUUGGUAGAGAAAUAAAUCCGGACAAUCCGUUGGGCAUGGAUGGGGAGAUUGCUUUAGCAUUUGGAGAUCUGUUAAGGAAGUUAUGGGCUCCUGGAGCAACUCCAGUGGCUCCACGGACGUUUAAGUCAAAACUUUCUCGAUUUGCUCCGCAGUUUAAUGGCUUUAAUCAACAUGAUUCCCAAGAGCUCCUGGCUUUUUUAUUGGAUGGACUUCAUGAAGAUCUUAAUCGUGUUAAAUGCAAGCCUUAUGUAGAAGUUAAGGAUGGUGAUGGUCGAUCAGAUAAAGAGGUAGCUGAUGAGUAUUGGCGAAAUCAUUUAGCCCGCAAUGACUCUAUCAUUGUUGAUGUGUGUCAAGGUCAAUAUAAAUCAACAUUAGUUUGUCCUGUUUGCAAAAAGGUGUCUGUUACAUUUGAUCCAUUUAUGUACCUCUCGCUACCUUUACCUUCAACAAUGAUGCGGACAAUGACGUUAACAGUUGUCAAUACUGAUGGAAAUUCUCAGCCAUCUCAAUAUACCAUUACUGUGCCCAAGCAUGGAAAAUUUGAAGAUCUCAUCCAGGGUUUAAGUGUUGCAUGUUCAUUGGGGGUUAAUGAAACCUUUUUGGUGGCUGAGAUAUACAACAAUUGCAUUUUACGUUAUCUUGAGGAACCAUCUGAUUCAUUAUCUUUAAUUAGAGAUCAAGACCAGCUAGUUGCUUAUCGGUUUAUAAAAGAUGUUGAGCAAUUCCCUUUGGUCGUGUUCAUGCAUCAGCUGAUGGAGGAGCAGUACAUGCAUGGAAAAAUGACAUCAAGCUUUGGAAUUCCUCUUGUAUCAAGACUUUGUAAUUCUGCUAGUGGAUCAGAUAUCUGCAAUUUGUACUUGAAAUUACUUAAGCCAUUUCAAACACCUAGAAAUGAUUCCCAAGAAUGUCUUGAUAGUUCGGAGAGCGCCACUCUUGAAGAAGUCAGUGGAACACAGGAUACAACACCUCCUGUUUUAGGUGGGGGUGUGAACUCCUGCUAUGGAAAUGGGGCUGACUCACCUGUGGAUUUUGGUUUUCAGUUUUACAUAACAGAUGAAAAGGGAACUUCCAAGGAUAAAAAGAUAGUAAUGAAUGAGAUAGUAGAGAAAGAGGAGUCCAAGCAAUUAAAUGUGCUUGUAUGUUGGCCAAAAAAGUACAUUGCAGAAUAUGAUACUCGCCUUCUUAGCUCAUUGGCAGAGGUUUUCAAGUCUAGCCUUUUUGCGAAAAAGCCUCAGGAGUCUGUUUCUCUGUAUAAGUGCCUUGAAGCGUUCUUGAAGGAGGAGCCUCUUGGACCAGAAGACAUGUGGUAUUGCCCCGGCUGCAAAAAACAUUGUCAAGCCAGUAAGAAGUUGGAUCUUUGGAGACUGCCAGAGAUCUUGGUGAUUCAUUUGAAGCGGUUCUCAUAUAGCCGAUGUUUUAAGAACAAGCUAGAGACAUAUGUUGACUUCCCUGAUGAUAAUCUUGAUUUGUCAACAUACAUUGCCUACAGGAGCGACCAGUUAUGUAAUCGUUACAUGCUCUAUGCAGUUAGUAAUCACUAUGGAAGCAUGGGGGGUGGUCAUUAUACUGCAUUUGUCCACCAUGGGGCUGAUCGGUGGUAUGACUUUGAUGAUAGCCAUGUUAACCCUAUCAGCCAGGAUAAGAUAAAGUCUUCAGCUGCUUAUGUUCUUUUCUACAGAAGAGUAAUAGAAGUGUGA